AUGGCAGUUUCUUGGUCAACAUCAAGUCGGCCUAAAUUCAAUAUUAAAUGGUUAUUGGUCAUUGUAAUUCAGCUGGCAGCAGUCACUGAAAUUGUAUCACAAACUACAGUUGUUGGGAUACCUGGAGAAACAACAACAUUGCAGUGCACAUACGCAACAUCAGGAACAUUAGCUGAAGUUAACUGGUUCAGGGGCACUGAACAAAUACUUACACUAUAUCCUGAUGGUGCACAAUUUAGCUACAGCCCUGAUAAGGCCAGACUAUCUGGGACAUUGUCAGAAAGUACCAAAACUACCACACUAAAUAUCCAGCAGACACAAUGUCCAAGAGAUGAGGGACAGUAUAGGUGUGAAGUGAGUGUGAGAGGAGCUCAAAAAGAGAUCAGCACAGUACAGCUGAUGAUAAAAGUGGAGCCCAGUGAAAACCCUGUCUUGGCCACACAGCAAUUAAAUGACCAGGGGUCAACAAGUUUCAUAUGCUUUGGUCAGCUUGGACGUCCAGCCAAGGGGAUCACAUGGUACCGGACUCUGAAUGAUCAGCAACAAAAUAGGACCUCAGAGGCACAGUCAAGUGACCCUGUCCUGAAUAGCGAUGGUUGCACAUAUAAUGGACAGAGUGAGCUAAGAGUAGAUAUCUCAGCCUCUGAUGACGGUGCACAGUUUACAUGUACGAUUGGACAGAAGUCGGCCAGUGUGUCACUGACUGCUGCCAGCAACCCUAAGAUCACUUACAUCUCCACAGGUGCUCCCCCCAUCAUAGACUCAGCAAUGGGCAGUGUGGAGUUUGUCAAAGGUUCAGCCAUCACUCUCAUUUGCUCAGCCAAUGGUUACCCUCAACCAAGCUUCAAGUGGUUUUAUCGGGAGGAGUUAUCCAACACCAGAGAAGUACUAAAUGGACACCGCAAUAACCCCUCAGUGCUUUAUCUAGAUCACAUUCAGAAACCUGGAUACUAUGAGUGCCAAGCCAGUAAUACUGUGAACCAGUUGCAUGCUCUACCUAGCAAGGUCUUGAGAAUUACCCUAUCAGCUAAAAGUGCACCAGCUACUGGGGCCACACUGGGGUCCCAGAGUCUACCUGUAGAGGCCAUAGGGGGGAUAAUAGGGGCCAUCCUGGGGGUCAUUGUGAUUAUUGUCUCGGCUUGUGUCACCUACACUAACUGUGUCAAGAAGAAACAGAAAACAGUUAAGGAAAAUGUGUCACUAGGAAACAGUUCAGGAGAUGUGAGUGGAGGCCAUGAGCUUCAGACAUAUCAGAAUGGAGAGAUAUUCAGUAGAAAUAAAGGGAUGUACGAAACCCCAGUGAACGUCAGCAUCCCUUCACCAGUUUAUACAGACUUGCAGACACAACAACAAGCGCUGAUGGAAGAGUCACCGUAUGCAGAGAUUCAGGAGAGAGAUGUGGAGAUAAGAAGACAGAAUAUCAAGUUGAUGGAAAAGAUAGAUACAAGUGACACAUUCCUCUAUGGCGAAAUGAUGAAAGAAUUGAAGGUGAUGCUAGAACUCAAACCUCACCCAAAUGUGGUUACAUUUUUAGGAUCAUGUACUGGAGACAAUGGUGUGCCAUUAAUUAUUGUCGAGUACCUUCCAAACGGAAAUCUUCAGGACUACCUACGAAAUGACCGUUUAAAACAGAAAGCACUCUAUGGGAACUUACAUGGGAUCAGCUCAUUGACACCAUGUGAUCUGUUAAAGUUUGCAUUAGAUGUUGCCAAUGGAAUGUCAUAUCUUUCAUCAAUGGCGAUUCUACAUCGAGACCUUGCUGCGCGAAACAUUUUGGUAGCUGAGGAUAGAACCUGCAAGAUUUCUGACUUCGGCUUUGUUAAGGACGUCAUUGAAAGCCACACUUACGUAAAACAAUUACAGGUCGGUGAAUACCUUUGUACAUGA